AUUAUGUGCUCAAUGUUCCAUACAUUAUGUGCUCAAUUUUCCAUACAUUAUGUGCUCAGUUCUACACAUUAUGUGCUCAGUUUUCUGCACAUGAUGUGCUCAAUUUUCUACACAUUAUGUGCUCAGUUCUGCCUAUUUUGUGCUUCUGCACAUGAUGUGCUCAAUUUUCUACACAUUAUCUGCUCAGUUCUGCCUUUUUUGUGCUCUAUUUUCUGCCCAUUAUGUGCUCAAUUUUCCAUACAUUAUGUGCUCAGUUUUCUGCAUAUUAUGUGCUCAAUUUUUUUUGUUCUGUUAUUUAAUAUAAUCCUUACCCCUAAAAUGUGGUAUUAG